AAAACCAUUCAUUAGUCAUAUCAAUGCAAUACGACGUUUCAUCACACUCUCCGUUCACUUCGUCAAAUAUAAGACAACAAUCAUGUCCGACAUCUUCACCGAGUCCGUCUAUUACUUCAUCCCCACUACCCUCACCAAUGUUACCCACACUAUCGCCAACAACGGUUACUUCAACUUCGCAAGCCGUAUCAGCCGACCAUUAUCCAUCACAUUCCCAUUCCACACACUCUUCUCCAUCGUCAUCGUCUACAACUCUUCCACCACCCAAAACAGUGCCAACGAUACGUCAUGUAAUGAACUUGAACUUUAAACAUGAAAUACAGGUAGCUAAUUAUAAAAUGGAAAUAAGCACCAACUCAUUCGAACUAUGGGAAAAGGUGUUGCUUCACUCUCUAAUGGCUCUGAGUCUGACUGUAUUAAUAGCUGCCAUAUUCCUCCCAGAUUAUUUCAUAGAAAAGGGAAAUUUUGUGGAGAGUUAUAAUUCUUUUAAUUAUUGA